GUAAGCUGGCGGCGUGGGGGGCGGGCCCGGGCCGGGCCGGGGCGGGGAAGGAAGGUGGCUGCGGCCCGGCGCGGGGGGAGGGGGGCGCUGACCCGGAUGUUCACUCCUGGGCACCCGGGGAAGUGGAAGCGCCGGGCCCUGCUGCGGGGGGGAGAGCCACUGACGCCGGGACCGGGACCGCCGCCGCCGCCGCCACCAUGAGUGAUCAGCAGCUGGACUGUGCCUUGGACCUAAUGAGGCGCCUGCCUCCCCAGCAAAUCGAGAAAAACCUCAGCGACCUGAUCGACCUGGUCCCCAGUCUAUGUGAGGAUCUCCUGUCUUCUGUUGACCAGCCACUGAAAAUUGCCAGAGACAAGGUGGUGGGAAAGGAUUACCUUUUGUGUGACUACAACAGAGAUGGGGACUCCUAUAGGUCACCAUGGAGUAACAAGUAUGACCCUCCCUUGGAGGAUGGGGCCAUGCCGUCGGCUCGGCUGAGAAAGCUGGAGGUGGAAGCCAACAAUGCCUUUGACCAGUAUCGAGACCUGUAUUUUGAAGGUGGCGUCUCAUCUGUCUACCUCUGGGAUCUGGAUCAUGGCUUUGCUGGAGUGAUCCUCAUAAAGAAGGCUGGAGAUGGAUCAAAGAAGAUCAAAGGCUGCUGGGAUUCCAUCCACGUGGUAGAAGUGCAGGAGAAAUCCAGCGGCCGCACCGCCCAUUACAAGUUGACCUCCACGGUGAUGCUGUGGCUGCAGACCAACAAAUCCGGCUCUGGCACCAUGAACCUUGGAGGCAGCCUUACCAGACAGAUGGAGAAAGAUGAAACUGUGGGUGACUGCUCCCCACACAUAGCCAACAUCGGGCGCCUGGUAGAGGACAUGGAAAAUAAAAUCAGAAGUACGCUGAACGAGAUCUACUUUGGAAAAACAAAGGAUAUCGUCAAUGGGCUGAGGUCUGUGCAGACUUUUGCAGACAAAUCAAAACAAGAAGCUCUGAAGAAUGACCUGGUGGAGGCUUUGAAGAGAAAGCAGCAAUGCUAAACCUCUGCUUCAUGCUAACCAGACACGCCGUGCACUCGUUAGAUUCCUUUCUUAGAAAACUCGUUUUCUGCUCCCUCCCCUCGUCCCUUCCCUCCCCAACAGGUCACAAAACAGCUGCAUCAUUGACUGCACAGCGCCAUCUCUCCCUGAGAAUAAAGCCGAUAGCCACCCUCCUCCGGCUCCGAGCCUGCUUCAGCCACACCUCGCUCUCAGCUCUCUCCACAUUUCCAUAGAGACCAUGUGGUUUUUGUUCACCCGGGCCCCCUGUCUUCCUCCCCGUCCCCCCAUUUAUAGGCAUAAAAUCCACUGUCUGCCAGCCUCCCUUCCCUCCCACCUUUUUGUUACAUUGGUGUAAAAAAUGUAAAACAAAAAAAUUUUAUGAACUAACUGUGGUGUGUGAAAGAGAGAAGAAAAACUGGAAAUCUUAUUCCGUGUGUGUUUGGGAGUUGCUUGGGGUUGGGGGUCGUGGGGACAGGGGACAGCUCUGGGAGCAGAGGUGGCCCUCGGUGCCGUCCUGCACAGACUCGCCCGUCCCACGGAGGCCGCGGGGGGGGGGGGGGGGGGGGGGGCCGCCGACUGUUCCGCUCUUCCGGCCAGGUGCUUUUCUGUCAAUUUCUAUGGAAUGCAAAAGGAGGUUUUUGUUUUAUUUUGUUUUUUUUGUAAAGCUUAAGAAGAAAAAUCUACAUCUUAUACUUGAGCCUCCAUACUUAAAAAAAAAAAAGAAAAAAAAGAAAAAAAAUUAAUAAAAAAGAAACUGGGACGCAGUUA